GUAGUGCCGUACCAUUCCCGCCAUCAAAGUGAACAGUUAAAUUUUAGUUACCUUGAGCUCUGUCCAAAACCCACAACAAAAAAAACCAAACACCUUCAUUCAACUUCUUGUUCCACCACCAUGUCCUCUUCUGCCACCACCUCAGAUGAAAUUCUGCGCCACACCACCGCCUUCGUAUCCGAAAUUCUGCUGCAACGAGAUUUUCGACGUCGAAUAUACUCAAUUUUCGGGCAGAAAACCUCGAAUUUAGACCAAAACAUUGUCAAACAAAUGAGCAUUGCUUCGGAGACAUUAGAAGCUGCAAUAUCAAGUAGUGAUGCAUCUGUCAAGUCUUCGUCGCUUAGGGUAGCUGAAAGAAUUGUUGAUUCUUACCCGAAAAACGUGUUUUCUUGGUUUCUUUCGUGUGUUGUUUAUUCUCUGUUGAACCGGCCUAUUGAAGGUGCUUUGAGUUUGUUGGAAGUGUUUUAUGAUGACCCUUCUCUUGCUAGAUCAGAAAUAUCACCUGAAUUAUUCGAGGGGUUGUUUUUACGACAUUUUGUUCGAGUUCUUGAAUGGUAUAAUGAGCAAAAGUCAAGAAUUCUGUCUUCUUUGUGCAAGGACUCUGGUUAUGACAGUGAUGAUCAUUCAAUUUGUGUGGAGUCUGUUGGCGUUUCCUGCACGACUUUGUUGUCGAAGAUGAAUGGCAAUCAGGCCUCGGAGUUGAAGGAAUUGGAGAGGAAUUAUGAGGAUGUUCUUGAUGAGAAUUGUAGGGUGUUUGUUUGGUAUUUUAAGGAGGUUUUGAAGAAUGAAGAUGAAUAUGUAGUGAUUGAUCCGCCCUCUUUGGUUCUGGAAUUGACAGAUAGAGAGGGCGGAAUUGAGGGUAGUGAUCAUGACCCGGUGGAGAUUGAUACUGAUGGACCUGGAUUGAAGAAUGGACGGUAUAAUCCAAUAUGGACCGACGAAGAAAAACAUGUAUCAAGAAAUCUCUCCAAGUUUCCAUCCUUUUUCCCUGAAAGGGUCUCUUUGAAAGUCCUGACUAACCGGGGAUCGUUAAAGAGAUCCAUGGCAUCGUUUAACAAAGACUGUGAAUCUGAACCAGUUGCUGAUUAUAGUUAUUCUUCUUCAGAUUGUGAAGGGAAGAAAGAGGAAAUGGACCAAAGCAGUUCUUCACUGGAUUCCAGACAAAGCCAGUCUCAGAUUAUAGGGUUGGCCAGUUCGACAGAUUCAAGCUGUUCUCCAGAUCCUGAAAUGACAGAUACUGAUAAUCCGCCUGGUGGAGGAAAGCAUAAGGCCCCUAGGGAUUUUGUCUGUCCGAUAACAAGUUAUAUAUUUGAUGAUCCAGUGACUCUUGAGACAGGACAGACUUAUGAGCGUAAAGCAAUCCAAGAAUGGAUUGAUAGGGGGAAUUUAACUUGCCCCAUUACAAGGCAAAAGCUAAAUGGAACUCAACUGCCUAAUACAAAUUACGUGCUCAAACGUCUGAUUGCAAGAUGGAGAGAACAGAAUUCCAGUCCAACUCCUGUUAAAUCUGAUAAUCAACAUCAGGAAAGUGAACCAAGUUUUAGCAAUGGUGCGCCUCUAGCGUCUCCUGACAGUGUCAUAAGCCAGGCUACUUUUGAUGGCGCAGUUGGUGAGCUACGUCAUGCAAUAGAAACCUUAUCUAUGUCAGAAAUAUUGAAGGAGUCUGAAAUGGCAGUACUGUGGAUUGAGAAGUUCUGGAAGGAAGCCAACAUGCAAGCAGAUAUUCAAACCAUGCUCUCAGAACCAUCAAUUAUCAAUGGUUUUGUGGAUAUCCUUUUUAAUUCUGUUGAUGCUCAAGUCUUGAGAGCCUCAGUUUUUCUUCUUUCUGAACUUGGAUCAAGAGACGAUAGCGUGAUCCAGACACUAUGUGGAGUAGAUCCUGAUGUUGAAUGUGUGGUAGCACUCUUUAGAAAGGGGUUGCUAGAGGCUGUUGUAUUGGUUUAUCUCUUAAGAAGUUCUGCUACAAGCUUCAUUGAUGUGGGAAUACUAGAUUCUUUAUUAAAUGUUUUAGGAAAGAAAGAGGAUGAUUUUGUCAAAAUGUGUAUAAGGCCACAAUCAGCUUCUGUUCUUUUGCUUAAACAGAUUCUUGGAAGUGCCGAUGAAAUAAGCAUAUCAGGAGCUCUGAGCAGUUUUAUUUCAGAUGAAGUGAUUGAAAAUAUUCUAUACAGCUUAAAAGCCGAGUGGCACGGAGAAAGGUGUGCUGCUGUCAGUAUCUUGCUGAGAUGUAUACAGGAAGAUGGCAACCGUAGGAACCUUAUUGCUCAGAAGGCCGAACUGGCUCCACUUAUAGAAAGCUUCUUGGAGGCAAAUGAAAAAGAAAGGUUUCAGAUAGUUCAAUUUCUUUCGGAGUUAGUUAAGCUGCACAGAAGAAUAGAUAAUGAAAAUAUACUCCAUGUCAUAAAGGAUGAAGGUACUUUUAGUACAAUGCACACCUUACUCAUAUAUCUGCAAACAGCACGCCAGGAUCAACGUCCUGUUGUAGCCGGUCUUCUUCUGCAACUCGACAUUCUGAUGAAGCCAAGGAAGGCAAGUAUAUACCGAGAAGAAGCAGUAGAUACUAUCAUCUCGUGUCUUAGAAAUUCAGAUUUCCCUGAUGCGCAAAUAGCUGCUGCUGAGACAAUUUUGGUCCUUCAAGGGAGGUUCUCUUAUUCUGGAAAGUCCCUAGCCCGAGAUUUACUUCUCAGACGCGCAGGUCUUCACAAAAAUUACAAGUCUCAGAUGCUAAAGGACCAGGAUAUGAUGACUUCUCAGAAUAGUGGAGAAAUGAUGGAAGAGGAGAAUGCUGCUGAGGAAUGGGAGAAAAAAGUGGCAUUUGCCCUGGUGAGCCAUGAGUUUGGUCUACUGUUCGAGGCUUUGGCAGAAGGCUUAAAGAGUACAAAUGCAAAGUUACAUUCAGCAUGCUUUGUAUCAGCUACCUGGCUCGUCGAUAUGCUUGCUAGACUUCCAGAUACUGGAAUCCGAGGAGCAGCCAGAGCCUGCUUGCUCGAGCAGUUCGUCUCAAUCUUUAAGUCUGCGAAGGACAUAGAAGACAGAGCUGUUUCCAUGCUCGCUUUAAGCAGCUUUAUCCAUGAACCUGUUUCAGAGGGGCUGCAAGAUUUAACAUUAUACAUGAAAGAUAUCCUGAAAGGCCUGAGGGAACUUAAGAAAUUCUCUGUAGUGGCUUUCGAGAUGCUAAAAAGUCUAGCAGAUGGAGAUGACUCUAGUAAUGAAAUGUGGAAUCAUAAAGAACUAGUUCAAGAAGAUUGCAGUGCAAAUGGUGAAGUUCUCUCAGUAGUAUGCUUCAAAGACAAAAUCUUUUCUGGCCAUUCGGAUGGCACAAUCAAGGCGUGGACUGGUAAAGGAAGCAUUCUGCAUUUAAUUCAAGAGACUCGAGAGCAUACCAAGGCAGUUACUAGCUUGACAGUUUCAGAAUCAGGGGAUAAACUAUAUAGCGGCUCUCUUGAUAAGACCGUGAGGGCCUGGAAUGUUGACAGUGAAGGGAUGCAAUGUGAACAUGUCUCUGAAAUGAAGGACCAUGUUAAUAAUCUAGCAAUUGCAAACAACAUCUCAUGUUACAUUCCUAAUGGGGCUGGAAUCAAAGUACACUCACUGAAUGGAACAUCAAAAUUGCUGAAUCCGAAAAAAUAUGUAAAGUGCUUGGUACUUGUACAAGGGAAGUUGUUUUGCGGAUGCCACGAUAACAGCAUUCAGGAAAUCGAUUUGGAAACAGGGGCACUCUGUACCAUCCAAAGUGGCUCAAGACAUUUUAUUACCAAGGCAAAUCCUAUAUAUGCACUGCAAGUUCAUGAUGGGCUAAUAUAUUCAGCUAGUUCUCCCUUGGAUGGAGCAGCAGUGAAGAUAUGGAGUGCUUCGACUUAUGAUAUCAUUGGAUCAGUCCCAUCAACACUGGAAGUUCGGUCCAUGGAGGUAACCUCAGAUUUAAUUUAUUUGGGAUGUAAAGGAGGGAUAGUGGAAGUUUGGUGCAGAAAGAAACUUGACAAAAAAGAAACGCUGCAAACCGGCACAAAUGGAAAGGUUCUGUGCAUGGCCUUAGAUAGCGAUGAAGAGGUUCUAGUAAUUGGCACUUCCAAUGGCAGGAUCCAGGCAUGGGGAUUAGGCUGAUUUCGACGCCAUAUAUUCAUGGAAGAUGUGAAGACAUGCAAUCAGAAAAGUUCAAUUCGACAUUCUUUCUGGAGAAAUAAGCUUCUCCACAUGACAGCUAAUGCUCCAAGGAAAUGUAUAUAGUAUGUGCAGUAGAAUAUGAAAGAAAGAUAAGCUUCAUUCUUUAUGUGUUUCGACUUAAUAUUUGCUUAUUAGCAAGAGCUGUACAGAAACUUCACUAAUAUGUGCAGAAUAUAUAUUCUUUGAUUA